AUGAAUAAGCUAAAAGACUCACUAAGUAUAAUCACACAAGCACUGAGCAGCUACCGUGCCUCGGAGGUAUUCAUAUCGUUCAACGGUGGAAAGGACUGUACGGUGCUGUUAGACCUAAUCCACAACGCAAACCUGAAGGAUGCAAAACAGAUCAAAUGUAUCUACGUCCGGCCGCUAAACCCAUUCAGUGAGAUCGAAGUGUUUGUGGAGCAGUGCCGGCAACACUACGGUAUUACCAUAUCGACGGUUGACGGUGGUAUUAAGGCAGCGCUCGAGCUCAUCUGCCAGGACGAUCCACAGCUGAAGGCAUGCAUUAUGGGAUCCCGGCGGUCCGAUCCGUACUGUGAGCGGUUAGCACCGUUUCAGGAAACGGAUCCUGGAUGGCCACCGCUGAUGCGAAUCAAUCCUCUGUUAGAGUGGACCUGUGAAGACAUCUGGUGCUACAUCCGGGAACAUAACGUACCGUACUGUACGUUGUACGAUAGAGGCUAUACAUCGAUUGGUGAUCGCACGAAUACAGUUCCAAACCCACACCUUAAGGUUGAAGCGGACAGUGGGGAAGUAACGUACCUGCCGGCGUACACGUUGCAAGAUGCGGACAAAUAUGAAAGGGAAGGCAGACUAUAG